UAUUCUCUAAAAUCAACAGCGUGCUUUUUGUCCGUAUGCGCCGUGCAGGCUACGCACAUCACGUAGCGGAUUCGAUAAUGGCGCCUGACUCCGAGAUGCGCUCGGCUUUGGAAAAAUGAAGCGUAGAAGAGAUUAUUUCCAGUGAUUGACGCGGGGCUUAUUUCAGUUCGCGGACUUUGGCUCUCUUGCCGCGCGGCAGGUUCAGGUUGCGAUCUCAGUCGCGACUCCCAAGCCGGAGAUGAUGAAGCUGAAGUCGAACCAAACGCGCACCUACGAUGGAGACGGGUUCAAGAAACGGGCCGCCUGCCUGUGCUUCAGGAACGACACCGAGCAGGAGGUGUUAUUAGUAAGCAGCAGCCGAUAUCCAGACAAAUGGAUCGUACCCGGAGGAGGAAUGGAGCCGGAGGAAGAGCCCAACGUCGCUGCUGCGCGAGAAGUCUGUGAAGAGGCUGGUGUUAAGGGCACUUUAGGAAGACUAGUAGGAAUAUUUGAGAAUCGAGAUAGGAAACACAGAACGUAUGUCUAUGUUCUCAUCGUAACCGAAGUUCUGGAAGAUUGGGAGGAUUCAGUCAACAUUGGGAGAAAAAGGGAUUGGUUCAAAAUCGAAGAUGCCAUAGAAGUGUUGCAGUGUCACAAACCAGUACAGGCCACUUACUUCGAGGCCCUGCAGGAAGGAUGUCUGAACAGUAACGGGACGCCGCUGGUGGCCACCUACAGCAUUAAUCAGAGCUCGGUCUCUGAUGUCAGAUAACUAAUGAAGAACACAGACGCUCCGGACGCUUCCACCGCUCUUCCUCUUACUUUCAUUACUCUGUUCUUUUGAUUCCUUUUCUUUAAAAACACACAAAAACAACGGUUUGCCAAGGCCUUAGAGCACCGAGAAGGUGGAGCAGACAUCAAGUGUUGGCUGAAUAUCCGAAACAAUGUUUUGUAAAUGUAACACUUUAGCUUUUUCCUGUUUAAUGCUCCUUUCAUGCCGACUGUUGCAUGAAACCCACGUCCUUUUAGCGGCCCAAGUGUGAGAUGAAACAAAAGCAAGAACUACUUUUUACUGUUGUGAUGAAAAAAUGUACACAUGGUGCGUCAGCAUGUGGCUUUCAUCAUUUUUACACAUUAGAUUUCCUCCGUGUGCGCAAGUGUGAACGCUUUUACUUUGUGUGAACCACUUUCGGUGGUUGUGCGAGAGAACAUUUAGUCAUCUGAAUGGUGGAACUGUAAGAAAUGAAUAGUUUUGCAUGAACACUGGUAUUUAUUUGUCUAAGGAGUUUGCGUGAUGCGAUGAAUGUUUAACUUGUACUUCGUGUUCAAUUGUUGCCCUUAACUUGCCCGUUUGUUUGUUUUUCGUCUUGCCAUCUUGUAAAUAACUUAUGGGCCUGCAGAAACUUAUUUAAUUUAUACUAUUACCUGAUUAGACUGGAGUGCAAUUCUACAAGCACACUUUAUUUGAAUCCAGUUCAUUUUUCCAACCCGCUGAUGUUUGAAGGACUUUGAAUUUACAUUGAAUGCAAACAUUACAAUGAAUCUUGUGUGUAAUUUGUGCCACAAGCAACACCAAUUCAUUGUAGAUUAAUUGUUCUUACAUUAUGUUUGCAAUUCUGUUGGGUGCCGCUAGUGAUGAAGAAACGAAACAGUUCCCCUUUAAGAAGACUGUGAUAUAGCGGUGGUAUGGUUUGGCUGUUUGUUGUUUUCUGUAGCACUUUUUAAAAUCAACAUGAAAACAAAAUGGACUCAAUUUACUUUUUAACCUAUUUUCCCAGUUUCAUUUAUGCCCCAUAUUUUACAACUGCCAUCCUAUUAUGGUAUGAAACACUCACUUUUCACGAUGCAAUCACUUCCAGAUGGAUAAAAGUGUUGUUUCGUUUCUUCCUCACAAUACGUUACACAUUUUAAAGAAGUAAAAUGGGUUGCACAUACCGUGUUGAAUUUAAGUGUCACAGUAGAGAAUAAUGGACAGAUAAAUCAAGAAGUGGCUUGGAAACCCUCACUUUGAUUUUCAAAGCUAAACAAAAAAACUAUUAUAAUGUUAUCUGGACGUUUCGAAAAUGGAUGCUUUUGACUUUCUUACUUUCAUGUUGUUUCAGAGGGGAAAUGGCAUUAAUAAUGAGCAGUUGAUAUUGGCUUUUUAUUUAGUUUUUUUUGAAUAUGGUGAAAUACACUGAUUUAGUACACCCAAAAAUUUAAAUUCUGUCACUAUUCACUCAAGUUUUUCCAACCUGUAUGAGUUUAUUAUAUGAUAUUUUGAAGAAUGUUUGUAAUCUUACAGUUCACUUUCACACUGACUUAAGUAGUAUUUUUUUCCAUUCUAUUUUUAUGUAUUUUGUGAGUAAAUAAUGACAGAAUUUUCUUUUUUUAAUGCAACUUUAUCUUUAAGGAAUUAAAAUGGGUUUCAUGUUAAUUUUAGCUGUUAGAAGAUUUACAUUUCAUUAAUACCGUAAUGACACCUAAAGAGCUAUUUCAAUGAAACUGUUCCAAGUUUUUUUUUUUUUUUUUGCAUAAAACUAUAGUCUGCACUAGGGCAGUUUUCAAAACAUUUCUGAGGGCACACAUUUCUCCAUCUUCCCUUAGUAGAUUUGGCCAUUAAUAUUCUUCUGACAUCAGUUGCAUGAAAGUGUUCUCUGCGCUUCGGUUUUCUCUGACUUCAAAUCCAGCUGAUGAGGUUUUUGGUUGUUUUAACCUCUCACCCUUUUUAGAAACGACCAUAUCUUAAUCUAGAAAACAUAUACAUGUCUUCUCUUCUUUUGAAAUGUCAAAUGCGUCUACAGCCGAAUUGCACACUCAGCAGCAGUUGGCGCAAUACUGUGAAUCUUGAGCCACUGUAGUUAGCGAGAUGUUCGGUGUCUUUUAAUUGCUCAGAUCAAAACCUCAAAUUCAAGUGCUUGUUAUGUUGUAUGGAUAUGGUACACUUUAGGUUAGUAUAAAGUGCAUUUAUGAUGCAAGAUGCUUGUAAAGUACAUUUUUAAUUCAAGACUUAUUUUUAUUGUUAGUCUAACUGCAACUUGAGUAUUGAUGAACCCAAGAUCUAAAAAGUGGGUGAACAUACUUUUAUCAGUUUAUUCGUGUUUACAUGCCUUUGGUUAAUAUCUAUCAACACUAAUGUCGUCGAAUUUACAGUUGAUUGCAAGUCUUACUCUUCCACUUUUAGUGCAGCAUGUAAUCGCUCAUCUGGACUGUUUUCUUGAUUGAAAUAUGUGAUGGCCAUCCCAAUGUACCCCUCAUUUUCAGUAGAACAGCAGCAUAUAACCUUUUGACUUGUGUAGGAAGUGGAUCAUGGCUGUGAAUUGUCUUUAAGCAGUGUCCUACAGAUCAAGGAUGUGAAACCUAAACUGCUGCAUUUGAAGUGCAUCGCAGACCAUCUGAAAAGCCCAUAUCCUUAAUCAACAUCUCAUGGAAAGCACCUUAAAUUUUGCCCUGCUUGUGACUUGGAAUGUAAACUAUUGUGACGUAAAUGAGAGGUCAGCCUGGUAAACAUGAUGUCAUUGGUUUAAAUGGGAGGCUGGAAAUGUGACAGAACACCCGAAACAAAAGCUGAGAGACUUCAGUUUCACAGCUACACCCUUCACUGGAUUGUUUAGCUUUUUCAUUUUGGGCUUGUGAAAUCAACCAGUAUAAGAAUGUGAUAUAAAUGUGCCAACUAAUAAACACCAGUAUUUCAUC